AUGUAUUUGAGGUCCUGCCAAGCCGGCUUGAUGCGGACCAUCUUAGGUCGCCCUUCAAACGGUCUCCGAUUAUAUUCUUCCGGUGUGCGUCGUUCUCGAUUUCAAAGAUCUCCACAAGCUGAAAAACAACAAGAUCAGACAAAUAAACCUACUAAGACCGACUCCAAUGCACCAAAAAAUGUUCCCAGAUCAGUUUCGAAAGAUGUGGACCCGAAACGCCCUCCAAAACGACAUGAAUCCACAUCGUCGAACUGGCAGACAAAUGAUAGGAAAAACAAUGGCCAAGGGCGUCAGCAGAAACCGGUUUCAAAAGCACCACCAGAGAAGAAAAAACCAGUACAGGUCAAGGUUAAGUACAAGCCAAAGCCGAAACAAGAAUCCUCGAACAACCGUCCAAAACUGGAUAUUCCGACUUUUUUAACAGUGGCCAACUUUGCACAAAUUCUUCGAGUUAGAGUUCCUGACCUGCUACGAAAAAUGAAGAAUCUUGGAUUCGAGAACAUGACCAAUGACUAUAUACUUGAUUCCGAGACCGCAGAGCUCAUUGCGGACGAGUACGGAUUUGAUGUUAAUACAAAUGACGAUACCGGCGCGGAUCUAUUUCCUUCGCCCGAGCCUACUGACCCCAAGCUACUCAAGCCUAGAGCUCCUAUUGUUACCAUUAUGGGACACGUUGACCAUGGUAAGACCACGGUUCUCGAUUAUUUGAGGAAGUCAUCUAUUGUCAAAGAUGAACAUGGUGGAAUCACACAACAUAUAGGUGCAUUUGUUGUGAAAACGCCAGUGUCUAAGAAAACUAUAACUUUCUUGGAUACGCCAGGACAUGCAGCUUUUUUAAACAUGCGAGAGCGCGGGGCUAAUAUAACUGAUGUCGUGGUGCUGGUUGUGGCAGCUGAAGAUUCGGUGAUGCCUCAAACAAAAGAAGCUAUUCGACAUGCGAGAAAUGCGGGUGUGCCAAUGGUUGUUGCAAUAAAUAAAUGCGAUAAGGAAGAGGCAAAUCCAGACAAGGUUGUUGCAGACCUCUCAGCGAAUGGUGUGGAGGUUGAAGACUAUGGUGGAGAGGUUCCGACAGUCAGGAUUUCUGCCAAGACAGGUAUGGGUAUGGAAGAACUUGAAGAAACCAUCGUGGCUGUUGCCGAGUUGCAGGAUAUCAAAACUCAGGAAGACAAAGUUCCCGUUGAGGGGUGGGUUUUGGAAUCCCAGGUGAAAAAGGGUUUAGGUAAUGUGGCUACCUUUUUGGUUAUGAAAGGUAAAUUGAAACCAGGAGCUGUGUUAGUUGCUGGACAGACGUGGUGUAAGGUCAGAGUCAUGAAGGACGAGUUUGGCAAGCCGGUGAAGGUUGCUGGGCCUGCCACUCCCGUUGAAAUAUCCGGCUGGAAAGACAUCCCAGAUGCAGGAGAAAUGGGCCUCGAAGCAUCUAGUGAAGCUUUGGCUAAAAAGGUUAUCUCAAAUAGAGAGAAAAGAAAACUGCUGCUGGAGGAAGCUUCUCAAAUUGAGCAGAUGAAUAAGCAGAUGCUGGAAAAGAUGGAAGCAUCUCGUCGUGAGGAGAAAAUUCAAGAGUACCAGCUUGAAGGCCUCACUAUGGAUGAGAUCAGAGAAUUGGAACCAGAACUGUUUGACGAUGAAGAAACAAAGUUAUUAGAAGUUCCGUUCAUUGUGAAGGCAGACGUUAGUGGAUCUGCAGAGGCUAUUUCUCAAAGCAUUUCAGGACUGGGUAAUGAUGAGGUUCAGUCAACUGUAUUAUAUGAAGAAGUGGGACCUCCAACAGAAAGUGAUGUCGAGCGUGCGAAACUGUCUCAUGCCCAAAUUUUAGCAUUCAAUGUCAAGGUUCCUAAAGACAUCAUCAAUUUUGCAUCUAUCAACAGUGUUGAGAUCAAAGAAUUCAAAGUCAUCUAUCACUUAAUCGAAGAUGUCAUGGCAUAUUUGACCUCGAAGCUGCCGAAGAUAUACGAAACAAAAGUACACUCCAGUGCGUCGGUCAAGCAGAUAUUUGAGAUCAGUUUGAGGAAUAAGUCCAAAAUGAAAAUCGCUGGAUGUCGCGUCACCAGUGGAACUUUCAAACGGAGUGCAACUGUGCGGUUGAUAAGAAAUGGCAAGGAGAUAUACAGAGGAAGAGUUAGACAACUGAAGCACGAAAAGGAAGAUGUGAGUGAAGUCACAAAUGGUGUCGAGUGUGGUGUUGCUCUAGACGGAAACGUUGAACUGCAAGUUGGAGACGUGAUGGAAGCCAUCGAGGAGAUUGAAAUAAAGAGACAUUUGUGA